GGGAAAAGUGGGCGCUACGUUACAUUCAAAAUUGGUCUAUACAUAUGGACGCGGCCGCAUUUGGUGUACUACAGAUCAUAAUACCAAUACCAAUACCAAUACCAUUACAACAAGUCUCAGUCAAACACCCAGUCAAACUCUUCCCUCCCCCCCCCCCCCCCCCCCCCCCCUUUUUUUUUUUUUUUUUUUUUUAUUUCUUUAACAGCUAAAGAACAAAUCCCAACUACUGUUACUUUCUCCAUUUAACGUUCAAAAGAAAGAGAAAAUAAAUAAAAAGGAAAAAAGGAAAAAAGUUUUACCCGGGUCUCACGCCUCUUUCUUCUCAUUCCCCUUUUAUUAUGUUUAAUUUAGCCAUAAAUCCCCUUCUCUGACGGACCCCUUAUUAUCAUAUCACAUCAUAUCUCCUUCUUCUCCUUCUUCUUCUUCUUCUUUCAAAUACAUUUCUCCCAUUUUCAAACUCCUCAUCAAAAAAAAAAAAAAACAAACAAACAAACAUGGGGAUCAAGGUUCUAAGCGUUCAGAAUAUGGUUUCUUGGUCUUGUUUUCAUUUGAUGAAGAAUGCUCUUCCCCCAGAUCCAGCCUCCGAUAACACCAACAUCAAACUUAUUCUUUCCGACGGUGUUGUUAGAAUCUACCACCGACCCAUUUAUGUUUCUGAGGUUUUACUUGAAUUCCCUAAGCAUUCGGUUUGUCGAUCUGAUUCUUUUUACAUCGGUCAGAAAAUCCCUCCUCUCUCCGAUCAAGACCUCCUCCAACUCGGCCAUAAAUACUUUCUCCUCCCUACCCCCUUCUUCCACUCUGUUCUCUCUUUUGUCACUAUCGCUUCUUUCUUCUCUUCUUCCAACAGCAACAAUAAGAAUAGAUUCAUUAACAACGCCGCCGCCUGCCACUGUCCCUUUGACCUCCAACGCACACCUUCUGGCUGCCUCAGAAUCCGUGUCUCUGAUGAGUUCAUUUCUCAAUUACUGGAACAGGGGAACAACCCUAAACCUCUCCCACCGCAACAAACUCCCUCUUUACCUCUUGGCAAAAUAUGCACUACGCCUCAGUUGGCUAAGGAUUAUACACAGCUUGUUAGAACCCGGAGAUGGAAGCCGAAGCUUGAGACCAUUAAAGAGACGCAGAAGAAACGGGUUUCCAGUUUUGGGUUGAAGAAAGCUAUCCCAUUUCAAUCUACGCCCAUCCGAUCGGCUUACCCACUUCCUCAUCUUCGUUCCAUUCACUUUGCUUAUAAGCACAAGAUUCGAAUCAAAUCCAGGAGUUGAUUGAUUUUGACGAUUCGUUGAUUUUCUGGGGAACCCAUUGUUGAUGUAGUUUAGUGUUUUCUUUUUGGGGGCGGGUAAAUUAAUUGUAUUAUUAGAGAUUUGUAUAAAAUAUAUAUAUAUAUAAAUAUAUAUAUAUAUAACACACCAAAUUGAGAACCAAAUUACUUCUUUAUACUUGCACUGCACAUAUGAUGAUGAUGAUGAUGAUGAUGAUGAUGAUGAUGAUGAUGAAUGCCUUAGUUUUGUUCCAGUAAUCUCAUUUCGUUUUUUAGGAGAGUUCAUGGUGUUAGUUUGUGAUUAAAGUUUUUUCCUUUUUUCUUGAGUUUAUAGAGUUGGAGGAGGUGGGGGCUUUAUGUUUUUUCUUUCUACAGCACACGACAAAAUCUGGUGAAUGAGGGUUUGAAUAAAUGUUUGUCCUAAUUC